UUGUUAAUACCUUAAUAAUUACGUAUAUAUAUUCUUUAAAUUUCAUUUGAUAUUAUUAUUAAUUAAUAUAAAAUAAAGUGUGACUUGUGUAAAAAGUAAUAUCAAGUAAUAGAGGGUUAAGAGAGACAAGUGCAUAGAACAUGUUGCACCGUAUAGUAAGAUCCCCACAUCUCGCAUAAGCUGGCUACAGCCACGCGAGUGGGCGGUGCUUAGGUUUUCUUCUUGCGGUAGUCGUCGUAUCCUCUCGAGGGUUCCUUCCUUAUCGUCUUUAUAAGCGGGGGAGAAGAAGAGAUCCCGAAGGAAGAGAGAAGAAUAGUGGAGGGGGGAUACUUUAAGUUCGGUGUAAAAAUGCGGUAGUAUCUUCUCGUUCGGUCCUUGAUAGUCUUCUUGCAGACGCGAGAACGAGUAGAAAUACUCGAGAAACGUUACGCUGAUCGUUCUUAUCAAUUCAGGGUCAAACUCGGCCGGCGCUUGCUCGAGCUAUCAUCCCCUUUUUUAAUUAUCAUUUGCAUCAUCUUUUUCUCGUCCCAUCAUAUAUUUUAUUUUCUUUUUCUUUCUUUGUUUUGUUAUUUUUGUUCGGUAAGAACUUAUAUCGUUACUACGCAAAAGGGAAUAACAGAGAUAGAAGUACAGUGAUAGAAAGAGAGGAGAAAGAGAGAGAGAGAGAGAGAUAAAUAGAUAGAAAUCAUCAUCAAGUGAGUACGCGUUUUCCUUUGAUCAAAAGGAAAGAAUAGCAGAGCAAACGUUCGAAGGAGGUCGCAAAAUUUCCAUUUAUCUUUAGUUUAAACUCGACGGUGGCGCAAAAUAGCGGCGAUAUUAAAUACAAAACUUGUUGUAACGCGGCGCGCAAGUGUACUCUAAUCUCUCUUCGCUCCGUCGACGACAACUACAUACCAAAGACCCUGUACAUUACAAAAUCGUGUAUAUUACGAAAUACUUCGCGCGUGAUAUGAUCGAAUGUAUUGUCGUUGUUGGCGCUGUGACGUCUUGAAAAAAAAAAAGAAAAAAAGAAACGAAAGAAAAGAAAAGAAAGAACUUGAGCAGAUAUGCACCUCGAGGAUUACCUCGUUGUCGACAAGAACGGGGAAAACGUAAGGCAACGUGUCUAUUCAACAAACGGGAUCGAUCAAGAAGAAUAUCUUCUUGAUUCAUCGUCUCGUUUGAUAUCCACAAUGAACGUCGUUGGAAGUACACGAGAAUCUUGUUGGACUAAUCAUCAUUCCUCGCAAGUGGAUAAUAUUGGAUCAUCCUCGCCAUUUUUAUCAACUUCAUCCAAUUCUUGUAAGAAAAAUGAUUGGGAAGAACUUUCGGUUGCUAUACAAUAUCCCGAUCAACGGCCUGAAACAUUAAGCAAUAAUUGCAAUGAAGUAAACAAUUGGAAUAACGAAAUUACGAGAAAUGGUGAUUAUUACGAUGACAAAACUAAUGGACGGCAAAGAUUGCCUUCGGUAGGGACAGCAUUCUCAUUUUCACGAGCUUUCGUAUAUCCCGAUUAUCAAGGGUAUCAAGAUUAUCAAGAGACCACAAAUUUAGUAACAUCGAUUAGUUCGCAAAACGAAGAAUUUCAGGAACUUGGUAGCGCCAUGCAAAUAGCUACCAAUGAAUUUGAUUUGAGUUUGAUUAGAGGCGAUCCUACUUCUUUGCUUGCCAAUGUUGAUUCUUCCUCGUCUUCGGCGUCAACGUAUUUGGAAGAGUUGCAGGAUCCGUUUCAAAACGUUGAUGGUCUAUGUUAUGCCGUUGGUCAUUUGGUAUCUUCACAGUCGAGUACACAAUUGUCCUCGGUGAAUUUUCAUCAGGAAAAUGUGGUUAAAGAUAAUCUUGGCAAUCAAGUGGUUUUACCUCAAAACGAAGGAUUACUUCUUGCCGAUCAACGUGUUCCAAGAUCUGACGUAACAGCGAAGAACGAAGUUUGCGAUAGAUCCUACGAUCGUGCCACGGUAGAAGAUAAUAAUUUCAUGUCGACGUAUCAAUGUCGAUGGAUAGAUUGCGGAAGUGCUUUUACGGAACAAGAAAGUCUCGUAAGACAUAUUGAGAGGCGGCACGUAGAGUCUUCCUCUUCUAACGCGCAUGGACAUGGACGACGCGUACAGAGAGACAGAGAUAAGGAAAAGGAGAGAGACGGAGAUAGUUCUUUCUUAGGACAAACGAGUGGUCCAACGACAGGACAAGACGAAUUUGCUUGUCUUUGGCAAGGUUGUCCUCGUGCUAGACCAUUUAAUGCUAGAUACAAAUUACUCAUACAUAUGCGAGUACAUAGCGGUGAGAAGCCAAAUAAAUGCCCUUUUGCUGGUUGUAAAAAGGCAUUUUCACGGCUUGAAAAUUUGAAGAUUCAUCAGAGAUCGCAUACCGGAGAGAAACCUUACGCCUGUCAACAUCGUGGCUGCACUAAAGCUUUCAGCAAUAGUAGCGAUCGAGCUAAACACCAGAGGACUCAUUAUGAUACGAAACCUUACGCUUGUCAAGUAAGCGGCUGUGGUAAACGUUACACGGAUCCAUCAAGCUUAAGAAAACAUGCAAAAAAUCAUGCGGAACCAACCACGUCGUUAAUGGCAUUACCAACAACUACUUUAGAUAAUAAAAUGUCUAUCGGUUAUAAUAAUUCGUCGAACGUAAUAACGGAACAUCGUAAAGAUACAACAAAUACGUUACAUCAGAUUAGACAGGCGAACAGUCCGCUCUCUACAAAUUAUAGAUCAUUAAAAAAUUCGGAAUCUUGUAGAGAAGAUGAUAUUGAUUUUCUUUAUACUAAUUUAUACGAAAGUGAAAGGAUCCCUUCCGUUUCGUUUGAUAAUAAUCAUCAAGAAUAUGUACCGAUAGAAUAUAUGAAACGUUUUCUUAUCGAAGACAUUAAUAAUUCUCAAAACGAUUGUAAUACUGGAUAUGGCACGAACGACGAUGUUCCUGAUUUCCAAGAACUCGGUUCUGACAUCGAACAAGAGUUUCUUGAGUUAAGUAAUCUCAACGAUGCUGUUUUCAUCGAUGUUUAAUAUCGCAUAUUGUAUUUUUAUAUUUAAUUGUGUAUAUAUAUAUAUAUAUAUAUAUAUAUAUAUAUAUGUAUGUAUAUGUAUAUGUAUAUAUAAAAUAUUUCUUCUUUUUUUUUUUUUGAUUAUUAUUAUUAUUAUACGAAGGCGAAAGAUACAUUUGCACAAGCCCGAUCUUCGUGCUGCAUUUACCAAAGACUUGUUUCUUUUUAUUAUUAUUAUUAUUUUUCUUUCUGUUUUCUUUUUUAUAAUAAUAAUAGUAAUAAUGAUAGUAAUAAUAAUAUGAAUAAUAUUAAUAAUAGUAAUAAUAAUGACAUUUAUAAUU